AUGGAAAGAUUGGAAGGAUGGCAAGCAACAGGUGUCGAUUCAUUCAUCAUUUCCUCAGAGUGUUUACGUUACUACCACGUUGUCGCAACAACAAAGCUUUGGAAAAACUUCCACUGGAAAAUAUGUUUCGCGCUCAUUUCAUUUCAUUAUUGGAAGGAAUAUCUGUUUAAUCAAGAAUUGUUCCUUCAUUUCAACUUCACAUUUUACGACUAUAGCAACGAGAUUGAUGUGAAACUGAUAAAACAAAUGAAGGUUGUUGAAAAAUAUCCUGGAGAUGGGAGAUUCUGGAACAACUUGCGUCAACAAAGUUUUCGAUUAAUGGCAAAAUCUUUGAACGGCUGA